AUGUGUCUGUGUCAUGCUCCCUCCCCCAGUGAAUCAGCUGAUCUCUUCCUGGAGAAGCAGAGUGCUGGUUGUUCAGCUUUGGAACUAAAACCUGUCACAGACCCUGUAAUCAGCGAGGUUGGAGGCAAUGUACAGCUGCAGAUUAAACCCCCUGGAGUUGUAGCUGCAGUGGCCUGGUUUUUUAGCCCUGCAGUGAUCCCUGUGGCGUCAUGGACUGGAUCAGCCCCAGUCAUAUCCCCGGGAUAUGUGAACAGAGUCACCCUGAACACAGCUACAGGGUCACUGGAGCUCAGAUCAGUGCAGCUCAAUGACACUGGAGUGUAUGCAUUUCAGGGCAAUAUCGUUGCAUCAGAAACUGUAGAAUCAUUCAAUGGAAAUGUUAACUUGGGAGUCUAUGCACCUGUCUCCCAACCCACAGUCCGCUCCAAUGUGACUAAUCCAGUGGAGUUCAAUGACACUGUCAGUUUGACCUGUACAGCCUCUGACUCUGCCGUCUCAUACCGAUGGCUCAAUGGCAGCUCUGUGCUUAGUGACAGUGAGCGGAUUCACCUGAGUGAUGACAAUAAAACACUGACCAUACCCAGGGUGUUGAGAUCUGAUGAUGGAACCCUGCAUUGCUAUGUGUUUAACCCUGUCACUAACAGCACCAGCGAGCCGUUUCAUCUCAUCGUGAGCUAUGGACCAGAAUCCCUAAAUAUGUCUAUCAGCCCCCAAAAGCUGAUCUAUAGUGCAGGAUCAGACCUCACUCUGUCCUGCUCUGCACAGUCCAGCCCACCUGCUCACUACCAAUGGUUCUUUAAUGGAGCCCCUCUUAACAAACUGGGCUCACAGCUGAAUAUGGCUCACAUUCAGCACAGUCAGACUGGAAACUAUACCUGCUGGGCCUCUAACAACAUAACCCUUAGGUAUGCUGAUGUAACAAGAGCGAUUAUUGUUGUGGAGCCAAUAACUAAUGUAAAUGUGAAACCCAGCCUUGCACAGCCAAUAGCAAACCAGGCUCUAAACCUGACCUGCGAGGUGCUUGGAUCACAGAGUGUUUCCUCAAGGCUCUGGCUGAAGGACGGUCAGCCCUUGUCCACUAGUGACAGAAUAACAUUGUCUGUGGACAACAUUGUAGUCUCCUUCAACCCAGUGCUGCAGUCUGAUAAUGGAGACUAUCAGUGUAAAGCUAGUAACCCUUUAAGUGGAGUGACGAGUGCUGGAUACAGAUUGGAGGUCAAUUAUGGACCAGAGCAGGUAUCUAUUACAGGACCAGACUCAGCAGUUCUCAAUUCCUCCGUAACAUUCACAUGUUCGGCUCAGUCUAUCCCCCCUUGUAAUUACACCUGGUAUUUCAAUGAGAAAGAGGCUGCCCAGGGCUCACAGUACAAGAUCGCUUCUGUAAGCAGUGCUGAUAGGGGAAGUUACACCUGUGUAGCCCGGAACUCAGUGACUGGAAGAAACAGUUCUGCAGUAAAGGAAUUUAAUGUGACUGAUGAAAAGCCCUUGACAGCAGGGCAGAUUGCAGGAAUCGUCAUUGGCACACUUGUAGGGGUUGUCCUUAUUGGUGUUGGAGUGUACUUUUCCGUGAAAACAUUUGGGAAUGGCACAAAAACUCCUAAACCAAGUCCUCCAGGCCCUACUACAGCCGCUAAUGCAAAUGAUAAGGCAGACAACAUUCACUACGCUGACCCCAAAUUUCUAAAAAACAAUAAAAGUGGUCAAAGGAUACAGAUGGAACAGACCACUACUGAAUACGCCCAAGUGGCAGGCCGGCGCGCUGGAAACCAGAAGCAACCCCCAUUAGAACCAAACACUGAAUACGCACAGAUCCAAAAGAAUGGACCAGCAGUGUAGGGUCGGGGUCGGGAUUGGG